ACCAGAAUGGAAGCAAUGGCGAAGUCUAGAUUCAAAAGGGUUUGUGUCUUUUGUGGGAGUAGUACAGGGAAGAGGAACUGCUAUAGAGAUGCCGCCAUUGAAUUAGCUCAAGAGCUUGUCUCAAGAAGAUUGGACCUUGUUUAUGGCGGUGGAAGUAUAGGACUUAUGGGUUUGGUAUCUCAAGCUGUUCAUAGAGGUGGAAGAAAAGUCAUUGGGAUAAUCCCAAGAACAUUGAUGAACAAAGAGUUAACUGGCGAGACAGUUGGGGAGGUAAAGCCAGUGGCCGACAUGCACGAAAGAAAGGCAGAAAUGGCCCGCCAUUCUGACUGUUUCAUAGCUCUCCCAGGUGGCUAUGGGACUUUGGAAGAGUUAUUGGAAGUAAUCACUUGGGCUCAGCUUGGAAUUCAUGAUAAACCAGUCGGUUUGCUGAAUGUUGAUGGUUAUUAUAACUAUCUUUUGACUUUUAUUGACAAAGCUGUGGAUGAUGGCUUUAUAAAGCCAUCUCAGAGAAGCAUCAUAGUUUCUGCACCAAAUGCCAAAGAACUUGUCCAAAAGCUUGAGGAAUAUGUACCUGUUCAUGAUGGGGUGAUAGCAAAGGCAAUGUGGGAAGUUGGGCAGAAGCAGAAGCAGCCGCAGCAGCAGCAGCAACAGCAGCCACAAGUGGGGUUCAGUGCCACCACUAUGCACACCGAGAUAGCCCUCUAAAUAAACACAAGGGAAGAAGAAAAAAAAAGGGUUUAAAUAUUAAUACCCUUUGCUUUUGAUAUCAUUUUGUGUAUCACAUCAAUCAUUCCUUAACCGAUAUGGUAAGCUCGAAAAUUUAGAAAUCGACCAAACGAGAAAAUUGCC